UCUAUUUUCCAGUAAAAAUCAGUCCUGUUCCUGUGAAGGAUAUACUUUAGCUUUUCAAAAUGUGCCCGAAAAUGAACUGGAAGACCUUCGGAGACGUCGGUUUGAGGAGUACAGACAAUAUCGAGUCAGGAGGCAGGCAGAUAUGGAGCCACUUGUUCUUGCCGCGUCUAACUCUCCUCUCCAAUAUCCCAUCCAUGGUUUCAUAUUGGCCCCUCUUCAAAAAAGUAUAAUACCAGGUUUGGCUUUGCAUGCACAAGAAAGAGAACGCUAUGAGGUAUCUUUAAGUGUGAUGAAUGGGGUGCUCUCAGUGGAGGAUGUCAUGAAUGGAGCACAUGUGGAUGGACAGGGUCAGAGUGAUUUGACUAUCUCAUCUACAAGCCUCACAAAACUCAAUCAUCUGCUGAGCAAUGUGUCCUACACCAGCACCGUCUACCGUGUCAAGGCUAAAGAUAUGGUUCAUUUUUCAUUUGAGGACCAUAAGGCCAUGUUUCCCAUAAAAAUUGCAAGACCUUCAGUGCCAGUUCUGUAUGACCCAGGAACCGAUAUUAAUUCACAGGUAACUAUAACAACCAAGACCUUUCUGAGGUAUCGGGAGUUGAAUGUUCUUAUCAACAGUAUCAGAAAGUUUUAUCCAGAAAUCAAGAUCAUUAUUGCAGACGACAGCAUUACUACAGAAAAGGUGCUCGGUGAAAAUAUAGAGCACUAUAUAAUGCCACCUGGACAGGGCUGGUUUGCUGGCAGGAAUCUGGCUUUAUCACAGGUCGACACUAAAUACUUUCUGUGGGUUGAUGACGAUUAUGUAUUCAGUAAUAGCACACAAAUUGAAAAAUUUGUGGAAAUCAUGGAGAAAGUUCCAGAACUGGAUGUGGUUGGUGGUUCAGUGGGAAGCAAUCAGUUUUAUUUCGGCCUUAAGUAUGAAGAAGGUAAUGAAGAGGAGGGGGGCUGUCUGAGACGUAUGCUUAAUCGGAAGCACCAAUCAGUUCCAGGGUUUAAAAGCUGCUACUUUGUGGAUGGGGUGGUCAACUAUUUCCUAGCACGGACAGAGGCCGUACGACGGGUCGGCUUUGAUCCGUUUCUAAAAAGAGUUGGUCACACUGAGUUCUUUAUCGAUGGCCUCGGAAAAUUAUUAUUAGCUUCCUGCAAAGGACUGUCAGUCGGACAUCAGCCCAAAAAAAGUCAAGCCAAAUACCGACACUUUAGGUUUCCUGGAAAACGUGAUGGAAGAAAGAAAGUGGCUCAUCAAUACUUUAAGAACCAUUUGAAAUGCAUAAGGUUGUAAGGACUGACCGGUCGUCUCCAAUAGUCUGGAUCGUUAACUUACUUCACGCUGUGAAUUUAGAUUGAGUUUAGCACCUGGCCCCAACAUAAUGCUUCGAUCAGAAGAUCUGCUCUUCUUCAUAGUCCUCUCUGUCUGCCUUUCUGGUGACAAUCUAAUUAAAAUGCAAUUUUUACAAAUGCAAACUUCAAACAAAAGUGCAGACUAUGUGUCUAUGAAGACAGAGAAGAGACCAUUCUCUAGUUUCAAGAUCACAGCUAAAGAUCACAAUAUUCACGGUUUAAAUUGUAUAUAUUAUAUAUCCUUGUAUUGCAUGUUUGUAUCUGUAAUGUACCACUUUGUUUAUAUUAGCACAUUUAUGAGAUUACUAUUUGAUUUGUGUUUUAAACCAUACCUUGUUUACACUCUUAAUAAUCCCCUUUUCCUUUCCUGAUCAAUGAUGUGCAUCAUCUCAAUAUAACUGAUAUCAAACUUGUUCAAUAAUAAUCCAAAUUAUUAUUGUAGCAAAAUCUUUAGCAUAUUCCAUCUAUGCAAAUCAGUCUGGUGAAACAAAGACUAUGGCCCUGUCCCAAAUCGCUCUGGACUUGUGGUCCUUCUCAGAUUCCACACUUUGAUGACAUCAUGCAGUGCAGACUUAAGGGGCCCUUGAUGCGAGUCCACGUGGGUGACCGGAGUCGUAUUUUGGGACACACUCGAGCGUCCUGCCGGAAACAGGUAGAGAAGUUGCCUGUCAGUGUGAACUCCUCCCUUCUGUCGCCUGAUUGGUCUGAUUGCUCUUUCGCAAGGACUUCUGGGUUGGUGAAGUGCGUGAAGCCUGCUGCAGUGUGGGCUUCGCAGAAGACGGCAUCAAGGGGGCAAAGGAGGUGCUGAUGAGCACACUUCAAAGCAUAAAAAUGACAGAUGGGACACCCUACGGACUCGUAGACUAAGCAAGCGCGCGCAAUUUAAGGCCACGAAACCGAAAGUCCACAUGAAGUGCGCCAUUUGG